AUGGAGUCCAUAGAGCACGUACUCAACAAUUACGUGGACCUCGCAGUCCAGCGGAAGCUGUUGCUCACACCAGUGUACCAGUCAAUCACCCUUCUGGUUGGUAGUGUGGCUUUGUAUUUCAUCGCCGAUGCGGUUUAUAAUCUCUUCUUUCAUCCUCUUGCCAACGUUCCGGGGCCCUUCAUCAAUCGCAUUAGCAAAAUCCCAUGGGAUUACUGGCAGUGGUCAGGUCGCCUCCCGCAAAGAACAGCAGCUGUUCACCUGAAGUACGGCCAUGUCGUCCGAAUUGCUCCCAAUGAACUCAGCUUUUCCAAUCAGGAAGGCUGGCACGACAUUUUCGCCAAGGUUCCAGGCAGGGAGCAAUGGCCAAGACACCCUCGGAGAGUUCCUCAAGGCAAAGGCGGACCCAAAAGCAUCAUGAACACUGCCGGGUCGGAGCACGCUCGUUUCCGUAGACUUCUGAACUACGCAUUCUCCGAGAAGGGCCUUCAAGAGCAGCAGAAACUCAUCAGCAGGUACAUCGACUUCUUCAUCAACAAGGUCGACGGGUUCGCCAAAACUGGGGAAACUGUUAACAUCACAGACUGGCUGGUCAUGGUUGGCUUUGAUGUCAUUAGCGACUUGGGUUGGAGUGAGCCGUUCAACUGUAUCGAGAAGGGGGAGGUCCAUCCAUGGAUGAAAACUUUCGCCCAAACUGCUUUCGACAGCCAGAUGAAGUUCCUCUUCCGUGAACACGGCCUGAUGUGGCUGGCCCCAUACUGCACCCCGAAGCGAUUUCAGCUAGCCCGCUUGGACAACUUCAAGUAUGCUCGCAACCGCAUUGAGGAUCGCAUUCAAAAUGGCGGCAUUCGGGGUGAUUUCUGGGACCGAAUUGACAUCAAGAGCGCUGAUGAUAACGCCAGUGGCGAGGGUCUGACCAAGGCAGAAAUGGUGGUUUCCGCCGUGACCCUGGUUGGAACCGGUUCUGAAACAAUUUCCACUCUGUUAACUGGACUUGUGUACUUCUUGGGCACUAACCCCCACGCGAUGAAGAAGUUGGUCGAGGAGAUCAGGACCACCUUUUCCUCUGUAGAUGAGGUUGAUCACCUUUCUAUCCACAAGCUGAAAUACCUGACCGCGUGUCUGGAGGAGACCAUGCGCCUAUACCCCCCGGUCACGACCCUGCUCUGGCGUGUCCCGCCGAAGGGGGGUGGCUACGCUAACGGCCUGUACAUUCCUGAGGGAACCGGGUGCAACAUGUCCCUUGGGGGAAUUGCUCUGAGCCCCGAUUACUUCCACCGAGCUCGGGAUUUCUGUCCCGAGCGCUUCCUGGCCAACCCGCCAGCAGAGUUCAAGAACGAGAACCACAAGCCCUACCACCCCUUCAGCGUUGGUGCUUACAACUGCCUGGGCCAAAACUUGGCUAACGCAGAGUCCCGACUCAUCAUAACCAAACUUCUUAUGAAGUACGACUUCAAGCUGGACAAGAACACCCCUGAGGAUUGGACUGAUCAGCUGUCAUGGGCUGUUUUUGUCAAGAGACCCCUCUAUGUCACUUUCUCGCCCCGAUAA